AUGGUCACCGAUUUUAUUGCCUUCGAGUAUUCCCUGCCAACGGCCACAGGCAGGUCGCCCAUUUUCAGUCCUGAAGCCUUUCGCACGCCGCAGCACAAGUACUCCAGCAGCACGCCGGCCCCUGAUCCGAUUGCUCGGCUCGUGGACCUCCAGACGCGGCAUGCAGCGCUGCUGGACGGCAUAGAGCAGGCCCAGCGCUCCGCUGAGCAGCUCGGCAAGAUAUGCAUGGAUCGCGAGGCUGCAGCGGAUGCUGCCGAGGCCAGGCUGCAGGAAGCCACGGAGCAGCUGCAGGGGACCUCCAAGGAGCUGUCCGGCCUCCAGGAGGAGUAUGAGGCCACCUCUGCGCUGCUGGCGCGGUGUGCGGAGGGGUUGGCGGCUCAGCACACCGCCCUGGAAACCGCCGAGGUGUCGGCCGCCGAGGCGGAGACCCAGGCGCAGGCCGCCCAGACCCGGCGGGCCGAGGCCGAGGCCGGGGCGCAGAGUGCACAGCGUGAGCUGGACGCCCUGGCCGAGCGGGUCGCCGCCCUGCGUGGCGAGAGCGCCGAGCUGGAGGCCGCCGGCGCCGACAAGGCGGAGGCCCUGCGGCGCCAGCUGGCGGAGGAGUCUGCCGCCGCCCAGCAGCAGAUCGCAAGCUGCGUGGCGGAGGGCGAGGCGCGCCUGCGAGGGGUCCAGGCCCAGGCAUCAGAUGCUGCACAGCAGGCGGCCGAGUCUGUCCGCGAGGCCGAGCAGGCACAGGCCCAGUUGGAAGAGACAAACUCUCAGCUGGCAGAGACAACCUGCCAGCUGUCGGAGGCACGACACUUGCUGGCGGCCGCGCAGGAAGAAACCACGCUGUGCCGCAGGGAGGCCCAGCAGAGCCUUGGCACGCUGGAAGCCGACGUUGCCCGGCUGCGUGGCGAGGCCGUGGCGCUGGAGGCCAGGGUGGUGACGCUGGGGAGCCGGUUGGCAGAGCUGAGCGCGGCGUGCAGGGCGCGGGAGGGGGAACUCCGGGACCUGCGGGAUGCGGAGGGCAAGUCCUUCCGGCCCCUGCUGCAACAUCGCGACCGGUCGGCGGGCCCUGGCCACCUCGACGCCGACCAGUGGGCCCCGCCCAUGCUGUCAGGCGCCUCGCUCUCCAGCACCUUGGGAAUGCCCGAGCAGGGGGCCCUGGUGCCAGGUCCCGGCCACCCCCAAGCAUUGGACCCCGGUCAAGCGGAGGCCCUGCACCAGCUGGGCGCCAUGCGCUCGGCGGCGCACCGUCUGACUCGCGCGCUGCUCCUGCUCAUCAGCACGCCCGCGGCGCGCCAGCUGGGGAUGAAGGAGGCGGAGGAGCUGCGGGUGCUGCUGUCCGGCAUCCCCCUGCUGCGCAGCAGCGGCGAGGCAGAGCCCCCCCGCUGGACUGACUGA